AUGUUUUCAAAACUUGGUUCUAUGGUCGGCAUGCCGAGUGUCAGCGCCAUUAUCCCCAGCAAACCAGACUACGAGGAGCCUCGAGCGCUCCCAGCAUCGUGGUAUCGGAGGGACGAGCUGUAUCAACUAGAACGACGAGCCGUCUUUUCCAAGCGGUGGCUUCUUAUCACGCAUAAAUUGCGCUUCAACGAGCCCGGAGAUUACUUCCGUUUCGAACAGGCCGGGUAUGCUUUUGUGCUGUGCAUGGACAAGGAUGGGAAGACCAUCAACGGUUUCCAUAACAUCUGUCGGCACAGGGCCUUCCCCGUCGUCACCCAAGAUUCUGGAAACGCCAAGAUAUUCGCCUGCAAGUACCACGGCUGGUCAUACGGUAUCAACGGAAAGCUCGCCAAAGCGCCUCGUUUCGACACUGUACCGACCUUUAAGAAGGAGAACCACAGUCUUUUCCCAGUCCACGUGCACGUUGACGCCGUGGGCUUCGUCUGGGUUAACUUGGACGCGUCCCCAGAACCCGAAGUAAAAUGGAGAGACGACUUUGAGGGAGUCGACACCCAGCAACGAUUCAAGAACUUUGACUUUUCUCAAUACCAUUUCGACCACGUCUGGGGCAUGCCGGGCAAAUACAACUGGAAAACACUUGCCGACAAUUACAAUGAAUGCUAUCAUUGCCAAGUCGCACAUCCUGAUGUUAGGAACCUGGCUGAUUUAUCAUUUUACUACACGGUAUCGAAACCCGGCUAUAUUCAGCACUUUUCGCGUCCAAAGGAGGGGAAAGAGCAGGACGACGUCAAAGUUGUCAGCACCUAUUAUUUUCCUAAUGCCUGCAUGACUGUCUCGCCUCAUUUCUUCUACAUGAUGCGAUGCGUGCCCACCUCGGUCGGUACAUGUUCCAUGGAGUAUGAGGUGUAUCGCCACAAAGAUGCAACAGAUGAGGAGUUUGAGAAAGUUGACUCGUUCUUUAAACGCGUUCUCGGAGAAGACAAGUACUUGUGCGAUGAGGUACAGAAGAACCUAGAGGCGGGCAUCUUCACCAAUGGAGAAAUGCACCCAGAUUUAGAGAAUGCGCCACUCUUCUUCCAAAACACGGUGAGACAGCUUUUGACAGAGCAUCGUAAGAAAGAGGAAGACGAGAAGACGGAGAUUUGGGCAGCUCGUCGCCCCCUGGCGAAUUCGAAGCUCACCAAGGACGAUGACGCCUUCUGUGAUGGAUUAGCAUGCAAGGCUGAUAAUGCUGAGAUGGAGUGGUAA